UGGCAGGUAUCGUGGCUGCGACCUUGAUUGUUCCUAUCGUCAUGAUUGUGUUCGGUGUCAAGUACUUAGACGAGUGUCCCCUCGAGACAAAGAUACCCAUCUUCCUCAUUGUUGGAGGCUGUUUCGGCAUUGUGAAGAUACUUGUGGUGCUCGGCAAGUAUGUCCAGAACCGACAUAUGGGAAGCGUUGACAACCUGGCCGGCGAAGUCGACGACGACAGAGUUGUUCAAUCUAAAACAUACAGGAGCAUCAACUCUGCGCUGUCCUUGUUUCUGAUUGCCUGGAAUGUCCUGGGUUCUGUUUGGGUUCUCCGUAUCUGGAAGCCUCGUUUUGAACCUCUAUUGCACAGACCAGAUGUGUGGUGCCACAGGUCCCUGUAUUUCUUCAGCGUGGCCAUCAUCGUUGCAGUCUACGCAGUGCUGGGCUUGAUGGUGCUGGUCGUCACCUGUCUCUUGUGCAUGUACAGAACCAGUGGAAGACGCGGUAGUCGCCGGACUCGGGGCUCCAGAACAUGA